ACACUCUCUGCGCACGCGUCGCUUCUGUUGCUCUCGAAAUGUAUUUUCAUUUCAAUUCAUUUGUGUUUCGUUUUGAGUGAAAGAAAGGCGAAAAAUGGCGACACUUUUGACGACACUCGACGACAAUUAGACGCCGCGCGACAGUUGGACGACAGGAGACGACAGGAAUGGCGUCGCAAGCGAUGGGAAGAUGCGGUCCUUCGAUGAUCUCCUUUCGAAACAUGAACUUCUUAAUAACAGACAAACCGACGGACGCCACGCUCUCGCAGUACAUCGAGGAGUUGAAGCGCCGUCACGUGACGGAUGUGGUGCGCGUCUGCGAGAGCACGUACUCUUCGGCGCGCCUGCAGUCGGCGGGCAUCACGUGUCACGACUGGGCCUUCGACGACGGGACGCCGCCGCCGCAGACCGUCAUCAAGAACUGGUUGUCGCUGUUGGCGCACCGCUUCCAGGAGGAGCCGCACGCAUGCGUGGCCGUGCACUGCGUGGCGGGGCUGGGCAGGGCGCCGGUGCUGGUGGCCAUCGCGCUGAUCGAGGCGGGGAUGCGCUUCGAGGAGGCCGUGGAGAUGAUUCGGGAGAGCAGACGUGGCGCCAUCAACGCCAAACAGUUGCAAUACUUGUCGGAAUACAAGUCCCAAAAGAGACUUCAGUUUUCGGGAAAUUCGAAACGAUUUUGUGUUUUGAUAUAAAUUUUAUUUGAAAAAA